GAAAUACUACUUCAACUACCAGAAACUUCUCGAAAUUUCAGUAUUGCCUCUCUGCCUCGUCUGGUCUCUCUGCUGUAAUCGUCCAACACAAAGCUAAUUUACUUUGGGAAAGACUGAGUGUUGAUUCAGUCUCGGUUUGCACGUCAUGGCUAGAUCAUUAUCUAAUAUGCUCUUCAAGGGCAUGUCAAUUCUACCAGCUACUAAUUCUCUGAAAACAAUGGUCUCAGGAUCUUUUUGUCGUAAAGGUAUGCAAUACUCCACAACUGUGCCUAAUGACGACCCUGACACACAUGACGAUUUCAAACCCACCAACAAGGCUGCAACUUCCGGCAUUUCUUUGAAGGAUAUUGUUGAGCAGGAUAUCAAGGAAAACCCUGUAAUGAUUUACAUGAAAGGAGUUCCUGAGCAACCUCGAUGCGGGUUCAGCUCCCUGGCUGUGAGAGUGCUGAAUGAAUAUAAUGUUCAUGUGGGUGCCAGGAACAUAUUGGAGGACCAGGAGCUGAAGAAUGCCGUAAAAACUUUCAGCCAUUGGCCUACAUUUCCUCAAAUUUUCAUUAAAGGUGAAUUUGUUGGAGGGUCAGACAUCAUCCUCAAUAUGCACCAGACUGGAGAACUGAAAGACAAACUCAAGGAUCUUACUGCAGAAGACGACGCGCAGGAAAAAUGAAGAUGAACGGAACACUUGAACGUAGAUUAUAGAUGGUAUAAGUUUUUCCAUGUCCAUGAGAACAAGAGAAUCCCCUUUGUCAUUGUUUUGUUACAAACAAAAUGCAGGUGUGACAGAAUUUGGUCAAUCUGUUUGUCCAGUGAUAGCAAUAAACCCUGGCUGUAAAUUAUGAUAAAACUCUGGCAUUUUCGUAGUUUAUCUUAGUGGAUAAGCUCUCAUUGCUGAAAAAUUAAACCCUUUCAAAACAUUAAGAGACUGUUAACUGUUUGAUUGGUGUAAAUUCAUUUUAAUUGUUUAUAAAUGUAGGCUGUAGCCCUUGUCUUA